GCAGGAAGUGUCUCCUGUUCUUGGCUGAGUUUGUUUUGGAGUCGUUAUGGCCGAGGACCCUGCGCUGUCUCUCCGGGUCUGUGAGAUCAAGAACCCGACGGUUCUGUUCGAGCGGUACAGCACCGAGGAGAUCCGCCGCAUCGAGCGCAGAGUCCGCGGUGACAUCGAGCAGAAGAAGGAGGAACUAAGGCAGAUGGUGGGGGAGCGGUACCGGGACCUGAUCGACGCAGCCGACACCAUCGGAGAGAUGCGGCAGUGCUCGGAGAGCGUGGUCCGGUCCAUCCAGGACAUGCAGCGGUACUGCCACACGCUGAAGCAGGCUAAAGCCGGGCUGGGCGGCCCCAGGCAGGAGGAGCAGAGGCAGUGGCAGGAGAGGUUCUACACCAUGGCCUCCCAGAUCAAGCUUCUGUUGGAGAUCCCAGAGAGGAUCUGGAGCGCCAUGGAGUCCUGCCAGUACCUGCAGGCCACCCAGCUCUACCUGCUCUGCUGCCACCUGCACGGCCAGCUGCAGCUGGAGGCUGCCACAGGGGGACACUACAGCCCCGUCCUGGCCCGCUUCCCCAUCCUGGUCCGACAGGUUGCCACCACGGGACACUUCAGGUCGACCAUUCUGCUGGACAGCAGGUCAGUGCUGCGGGGCCGGGCGGUGUCAGACCAAGCCAUCGCUGAAGCCUUGGUGUCCACCAUGUUGCUGGAAGACAGCUCCCCGCGCCAGGCCCUGGCUGAUUUCCUGUUGGCCCGGAAAGCCUCCAUCCAUCAGCUGCUGAAUCAGCCGCAGCACGGUGCUGGGAUCAAGGCCCAGGUGUGCAGUCUGGUGGAGCUGCUGGUCACCACGCUGUUCCAGGCCUACGCUGUCUUCUACCUGCCCCUGGGGGGAGGCCCCCGGCCAGGGGACGGAGCUCUGAGCUGUGGGCUGCUCUUCUCCAUCCUGGAGAACGUAACCUCCAGCACCCCGGCAGCUAAGAGCAGGAGGACGCUGCAGGAGGAGGCGAGUACAGGCAGCUGGUUUCGGUACCUGCCUCCCUCCAUCACAGACUUCCAGCCCACUCUGCGCACCCUGGCUCAGCCCAUCCAAGGAGAGCAGCUCCGAGACACCCUGCAGCAGUGGAUCAACACCUGCAAGGAGGACAUCUGUCAUGGUGUCGGGACCCUGCUGGUUUACGUGAAAAGCCUCAAGGGCCUAGCAGCCAUCAGAGAUGCUGUGUGGGACCUCCUGGCCUCAGACUCUAUCAGUCAGCACUGGACCAUGGUAUGCCAGCAGCUCCUGGGGCGCCCCCUGGCGGUGUGGGAUGACUUCCUGCAGCAGCUCUUCCUCCAGCGCCUGCAGGCCAUCACCAAGGAAGAAACUGAAGCCAUCGCAGCAAGUUCUGUCCAGCUCCUGACAUCGGCUGUUAAAGAUCUGGAGGACCACCUCUCUAGUACCAGUCCCAGUUCCAGCCGCGGAGCCCUCUAUGAGGUGGAUGUGGCCUCAUUUUUAUGGUCGGAGACUCCAGGGGACCUGCUGAGCGACGCAGCCUGGGUCAGUGUGGCCCAGCGGGGUCUUCAGCAGCAGAGGAGUGGCCUGGCCAUGAAGACACAGGCACUUACACCUUGUGUUCAGAACUUCUGCUCCUCCUUGGAUGCAAAGCUGAAGAACAGACUGGAUGACUUGCAGCACUACCUGCCCUCCCAGGACACAGGAUCCGACUCCACCACAGUCACGGUGUUGUCCUCUGGGUCUUCUGAUGCCUCGUCAUCAUCAUUUAACCGCUUCACAGAUUCUCCGGCGGUGGAGGAAGCUUUGCGGGAUGGCUGCGUUGUCUGUGUUCGCCACAUCCUGGCCACCAUCCGCUCUGAGUUGGACUCUGCCCCCACUCACCUUAGCUCUGUUCUGUUCAUGGCCAGGCUGUGCCAGUCUGUGGGGGAGCUCUGCCCCAACCUGAAGAAUUGCAUCCUGGGAAGACAGAGCAGGGUUGAAGCCUUGGCCAAAGGGAUGCCCCGGCAGGGCAAGAAGCUGGGCAAAGCCAGGGUCACUGCGGAGGUCAGCCCUGCACAGGCUGAGUGGGCAGGGCUGAAGGAGGAGCUUCUCAGCUGCAGCAUGGACGCAUACCGCAUUUGGAGCUCCGCCCUUGCCAAAGGGCUGAUGGGUAAGUUUGGUGCAGCGCUGCAUGCGGAGUCUGCCGGUGAAAUCCUGACCACUGCAACAAACUGGGAGGAUCUAGAGAUCCAAGAAGAAGCUGAAUCUGGGAGUAGGGUCACGUCCAAAAUCCGUCUUCCGGUGCAGCCGUCCUGGUUUGUGCAGUCUCUGCUCUUCCAGCUCUGCUUGGAGACAAACAGAGUAGGGGGCCACGCCCUUCCACGGCCCACCCUGCAGGAGCUGCUGCAGGCCUGUCUCAUUCAAGCUCUGGACCAGUACUAUAGUCUCACAAAGCAGGACCAGACCCGGGAGGGGGUCUUCCCCCUGUCCCAGAAUCGAGCCCUGCAGUUGUUGUUUGACCUUCGUUACCUCAGCGCCUCACUGAGCAGCAGGCUGGAGGAGGGCCGGAGCUCACGCUCACAUCAGGACCCCAGAUUCCAUGAGAUUUGUGAUUGGUUGGAAAGUUUCAUCGACCCCUUUGACCUGGAUGUGUUCACCCCCCUGCUGACCGCCAACCUCAGCCACCUGUCACAGAGGACCUCGGUGCUGCUGGGUUUGCUUACUGGGUCAGAGAAGCAGUUUACUUCACGGAGCAGUGCUCUGAACACCCAGGAACCUUACAACAUCCUGCCACUGGCCAGCAGCCAGAUCAGGUUCGGGUUGUUGCCUCUCAGCAUGUCGAAUGCACGGAAAUCCAAGAGCUCAUCGGUGGGCGUGGAUCCUCCUAAGACCACGCAGGCUCUUCAGUCCUCGUCAGCAGGAAGUGAGGACAGUUUCCGUCCCGGCAGCCUCUUCAGACAGCUUGCUGAUCAGGAUGAAGACUCUCCGUCCCCGUCACUGUUUAAACUCAGCUGGCUGUCCGGCAUCGCCAAAUAACUCUUUGUUACUUUUUGAUUGCAUUUGCAGAGACUCUAUAAAA